CCUCUUUCUUCCAUUUUCCAAUUUCUCCUGCGGUCCACGCUGAACGACCAGGACGCAGAAAUUGUCCCUUUGACGUGGCCGUACUCGAGAUAUACACGCCGUUACGGCUGUUCUGACCCUCCCGCUCUCCUUGUUUGUGUCCCCAACGACGGAUCCUGUGCUGGCUGCUGACAUUCAUUUUGCUUCCAUUUUACUGAUCGAUCUUGGAUCAUUAUACGGUCGCGUCGGCGACGAGGAGGUAUAAUAGAGUACGCGACGGAAUUCGAGGGCAGAAGAGGUGCUUAGGGGUCGUAUACUAUAUUGACUCGCGGCAGCAAACAACAACAUUUCCUUUUGUCAAUUGCUGUACUGUAAUUAUAUCCACGCCUUCACUUCAUGUACGCAAAUCAGUAUCCCCGUGCUACUCAUGCUGCCCAAAUUCCUGCUGGCUGGCAGCCUCCUUAUCAGGGUGCUCCGCCGAUUCCUCAAGGCUGGAAUGUCAAGCCUAAUGAUUGGAAUCAAGGCCAAUGGCAGUUCAAUCCCGCUUUCAACCACCACCAUCAGCAGCCGUCUCAGCAGUAUAUUCCCUGGAUCCCAAGUCAAUCAUGGCCUGGGGCACAGCAGCAGCAGCAACAACAACAGAAACACAAUCCUUACCAGCGGCCCAUCAAACCGCCAAGCGCAGAAUAUCUGGCUCAACCUGUGAAGGAAAACGCCUUGGACCUAACGGGCAUGAUUCCCAGGGCACAAGUAUACGGCGAAGAGAAAGGCGAUGAUGAUACACCACACACACCAUGGAUAUGGAAUCCUCGAGGUCUAGUGGAGAAGGAGGAUGACCAAGGCACCAUUCAAGCUGAGUUUCGUGAUGCGCUCGGCAAUCGCUUUCUGCAAUCUCGAGGCCCUACACCGACGCGUCGGCGCUCAUCCCUUGAAUACGAGGCAUCGCCUUCCCCCUCACCUCUACGCCUUCAGCGCCAUACAAGCACUCGUCAAUCAUCUGAACCUUCGCCACAGAUCUACGCUGCUGCCACUGCGCCGAAGCGAGGGACCUCUGAGCCGUCUGUGACUCAAUUUUCGUCAUACAGCCAACAGAGCCGACAUAGUUCUCCGGAACCACAGCAGCCCCAACAACAGGACCACCGUCCUCUCCAGCCCACGUUCUCAACUAACAUUGUUCGCACUCCUGACCAUUAUAGUAAUAGUUCCCCUACACGACCGAACAGUGCCGCUGCCUCCUCCGGUCACAGUGGUAAGAAAUCUAGUCGUAGCAUCAGUAUCGAUGCCGAAUUGGCUGCCAAGAUGGAUCGCUUGAACACAGGCCCGGCUCAGCCUCUAGUGCGGCAUUCGUCACUGCCGACGCACUCCAUAUCGUCUUCUUCGUCAACUACUCAUGCAAGUGCACAAGUCUACACAGAGGAACCGUCCGCAUUGCUGAGCCCGCUUGUCAUUAGCCAUACUCCAGUCCUGCCUAAUCGCCCGCUUGGACGUCAUCACACAGCGCCGACACUGAGCUCGAUCCCAGAGACUGCGACUCGAGGCGUGACAGAGACAUCGUCUCGAAGCGUCCAGCAAAUAUCUGCUCACAACGCGCCGGAGAUGUCGUCCACAGUUCCUUCAGCUGAGAAGAACGCCAGACCUUCGCCACAGAACAACGUGCCUUCGGGCCCUGCGCCUGCCAGCAACGUCAUGCCUCGAGGCGUUCCGGAGACAUCUCCACCUCACAAAAACGUCACAUCCUCGCCACAUAGUAACCUUGUUUCUUCAUCUCAAAGUAAUGCCGUUCCUCGAAACACGCCGGAAUCGUCUUCUCGCAACGUUCCAGACGCAUCGUCUCGUAGCAUUAUGCCUUCACCUCAUAGCAGGACUUCACCCCGCAGCACAACUGUGCCUUCACCCUAUAGUAAUGUCAUCCCUUCACCUAACAGUAACGUCAUACCCUCUCCACACAGCUCCCGUUCCUCCCGGUCUUCUUCUUCCCGGCAUCGUAUUUCCAGCUCGAGCUCGGGUUCCAGACGAACGUCUCCCUUGAUGUCGCACAAUCCUCUCCCAGAGCCGCCUCGUGAGUUCCAGUAUAGCCUACCUCCGCCAAGGCAGAAGACGCCGCCGAAAACGUACAAGCGCAAGGUCCGCAUGGGCUUCUGGAAUCGACGGGGAGACCACCUCACUCCAGAUGGGCACAUCGUUUAUGCACCCCCUCAUCUUUCUCACCCCUCUGAGCUUAAGGAUUAUCCGCGUACUAAAGAUGGGUUCAUGAAUCAUGACGGGGCUUUUAUGAAGCAAAGCCCGAAUUGGACCGAGCUACAGGACUCGUUACCUAGGUUUGGGAGGUCACCCGUUAGGCCCUAUGAAAGUUUCGUAGUAUAUAACUACUUCUAAAUAACUAAUUUUCCGACAUUUGUAUUCAUUUAGCACACCAUUGGGAUUAUAUAUAUAUAGCAUCUAGCUGUUGAAAUGACAAAUAGCUCAGCGAUAAUAAUAUACAUCAUGCUUCACAACUGCUUUACAU